GUACAAUCGGAGCAGAGAUUAGCCGUCAAUUUAGUAAACCAGUACAUGCAAUAUUUGUACCUAUUGGUGGUGGGGGGUUAGUGGCCGGUAUAGCUACCUAUAUGAAACAAGUUUCACCAAGUACAAAAAUUAUUGGAGUUGAACCAUAUGGUGCAUGUUCAAUGGCAUUGUCAUUGUCAAAUGGAGUAAGAGUAAAGUUGGAAAAUGUUGAUAAUUUUGCUGAUGGUGUUGCUGUUGGACUUGUUGGUGAAGAGCCUUUUAGAAUUUGCAAAAAUUUAAUUGAUGGAAUGGUACUUGUUGAUCGUGAUGCUAUUAGUGCUACAAUAAAGGAUGUGUAUGAUGAAGAAAAGAAUAUAUUAGAGACAUCAGGUGCACUUGCCAUAGCUGGAGCUGAAGCAUAUUGUAAAUAUUAUAAUAUUAAAAAUGAAAAUAUUGUUGCAAUUGCAAGUGGAGCAAAUAUGGAUUUCAGCAAAUUCAAAUCAAUAAUGGAUUUAGCAAAUAUUGGUGCAAAAAAAGAAGCUUUAUUAGCUACUUUUAUGCCAGAAGAACCUGGAAGCUUCAAGAGAUUCACUCAACUGGUCGGUUCUAUAAAUAUUACUGAAUUUAAAUACAGAUUUAAUUCUGAAAGAAAACGAGCUCUAGUUUUGUACAGCGUUGAUGUUCCUGAAAAAAUUGAACUCGAAGAAAUGUUGUGGAGAAUGGAAUCAUCAGAAAUGCAUACUGUUAAUCUCUCAAAUAAUAAUUUGGUUAAUGACCAUUUAAGGCAUUUGAUAGGUAGCAGAUCGCAUCCUCGUCAUGAAAUUUUAUGUCAAUUUAUUUUCCCUGAGAAGCCUGGAGCUUUAAGAAAAUUCGUAGAUGCUUUUAGCCCUCGUUGGAAUAUAACUUUAUUUCAUUAUCGUGAUCAGGGAGAGGUAGAUGCAAGUGUGUUGGUUGGAUUUCAAGUCCAAAAAUGGGAAAUGGGAGAAUUUCAAUAUCAUGUUAACAAUCUUGGUUAUCCAUAUGAAAUUGAGAUUCACAAUGAGGCUUACAAACUUAUAAUGGAUUGAUCCAAAAAAAAAAAAUGGUUCUAAGUUGCAAAUCCAACUUUUUGCUGAAAAUAUAAUUGUGCUGGACGGACCAGCUUGUUGUAAGUUAAUUUCAUCUUGUAUGAAUAGUAGUGCAUGUGUCUUAUGCAAUGGCCUUUCAAUUUCAUUA